GCACCGCUGCCGCUGCCCCAGCGCUCCGGCGCGGGGAGGCCGUGCCCGCGGCCAUGGCGCUGCGGGGCAGGGCGCUGUACAACUUCCAGAGCGAAAACAAGGAGGAGAUCAGCAUCCAGGAGAACGAGGAGCUCGUGGUGUUCAGCGAGCGCUCGCUGGACGGCUGGCUGCAGGGCCGAAACAGCCGCGGCGAGACCGGCCUCUUCCCGGCCUCCUACGUGGAGAUCGUGCGUCCGCGCUCCGGCUCCGGGCACACCGAGGGCUCGGGCAGCCCCGCCGGCUCGCCCGGCCACCUGCACGGCUUCUGCGCGGCGCCCGCCGGCCUCUCGUCCCAAGGCAGCUUCGAGGAUGACGACGACGACGAUUGGGAUGACUGGGACGACUCUUGCACGGUGGUGGAGGAGCCCCGCGGCGCGGCCGGCACCAACGGGCACCCGGCAUCGGGGCUGGAGCCCUACGGAACGCCGCGCGCCAAGCCGGCGCUGGAGAGGCAGGACAGCGUGGGCUCCUCCAAGAGGGGCAGCGUGGUGGGGAGGAACCUCAACCGCUUCUCCUGCUUCGUGCGCUCGGGCGUGGAGGCCUUCAUCCUGGGCGACGUGCCCCUCAUGUCCAAAAUCGCCGAGGCCUACGGCAUCGAGAUGGGUUCCAAGGGCCCGCAGUGGCGGGCCAACCCGCACCCCUUCAUCUGCUCCGUGGAGGACCCCACCAAGCAGACCAAGUUCAAGGGCAUCAAGAGCUACAUCUCCUACAAGCUGACCCCCAGCAACUUCAACUCGCCCGUGUACCGGCGCUACAAGCACUUUGACUGGCUCUACAACCGCCUGCUGCACAAGUUCACCGUCAUCUCGGUGCCCCACCUGCCCGAGAAGCAGGCCACCGGGCGCUUCGAGGAGGACUUCAUCGAGAAGCGCAAGCGGCGCCUGAUCCUGUGGAUGGAGCACAUGACGAGCCACCCCGUCCUGUCGCAGUACGAGGGCUUCCAGCACUUCCUCCGCUGCCGCGACGAGAAGCAGUGGAAGCUGGGCAAGCGGCGGGCGGAGAAGGACGAGAUGGUGGGCGCCAGCUUCCUGCUCACCAUCCAGAUCCCCACCGAGCACCAGGACCUGCAGGACGUGGAGGACCGCGUGGACGCCUUCAAGGCCUUCAGCAAGAAGAUGGACGACAGCGUCCUGCAGCUGACCAACGUGGCCUCCGAGCUGGUGCGCAAGCACGUGGGGGGGUUCCGCAAGGAGUUCCAGAAGCUGGGCAACGCCUUCCAAGCCAUCAGCUACUCCUUCCAGAUGGACCCCCCCUACAGCUUUGACGCCCUCAACAACGCCAUCUCCCACACGGGCAAGACGUACGAGGCUGUGGGGGAGAUGUUUGCCGAGCAGCCCAAGAACGACCUCUUCCUCAUGCUGGACACUCUCUCUUUGUACCAGGGGCUCCUCUCCAACUUCCCAGACAUCAUCCACCUCCAGAAAGGAGCCUUCGCGAAGGUGAAGGAGAGCCAGCGGAUGAGCGACGAGGGCCGGAUGGACCAGGAGGAGGCGGACGGGAUUCGCAAGCGCUGCCGCGUGGUGGGCUUCGCCCUGCAAGCUGAGAUGAACCACUUCCACGAGCGGCGCGUGGCCGACUUCAAGAGGAUGAUGCAGUCCUACCUGAAGCAGCAGAUCAUCUUCUACCAGCGCGUCAGCCAGCAGCUGGAGAAGACGCUGCGCAUGUAUGACAACCUCUAACGCAUCGCGCCGCUUCCAGCCACGGCCUCGCAGAGCAUCUCUGCUUGGGGGGGGGGCUGAGAACGGGUGGGAACUCACGACGCUAGUGACCAAAUAGCAUUGGGCUUUCCUCCAGCCUGGCUGCAGGACCGUGGCGGGGACGCGGGUGUUCCCGUGGGACAGACGGACGUGCGUGCCGGUGCCACGGCCCGGUGAUUUUUAGCUUUCUGAGAACCCGUCCUGGCGGAGCACUGCGGCUGGCUGGGAGGAGAAAUCAAAGCGGUCGACAUUUUGCACACUGAAAGUUUUUCUGAUGGAGAAAAAAAAAAAAAAAAAAAAAAAAAAAGGAAAGAUCUUUUUUUGGAAGAUAUUUUUUUUUUUUUUUUCUUUGGGUGUCACGAGAUAUUUCCAAUAUUUUCCACUUUUCGCAAACGUUUCUGCAGCAUUUUUACCAGUUUUUAAAUAGACGCAGGCGAACGGAAAUCUCUUUUCUCAAGCACCGCUGUUGACUGGAAAAAGGGAUAUAAAAAACAAAAACAAAAAACCAA